GCGAUCAGAUGGCAGUAAAAAAGAUUGGGCUUUCCUUACUUUUUCUGGCCGUGGUGGCCGGUGCCCAGGGAUCUAACAUUCUCGGGCUGUUCGCCAGCUUAAGCCCGUCCCACUUGGUUAUCCAGAUGUCAAUGGCCCGGAUCCUGGCGGAGAGGGGCCACAACGUGACGGUGGUGACCGUCUUGAAGCCACCGCUAAUGCACAAGAAUAUCACACACAUCCUAGUGCCGCUCGAUGAAGAUGUGCUGCAGUCCUUCAACACCGUUAUUGCCAGCUUAACCAAGAAAGACAAUACCAAAACUUACUUAACCAUGUUACGGUCGGCGCAGCAAUUAAGUGAGGCGUUCUCCAAAAUAGGCGCGGUAAUGAAGCACCAGGUGGUCAAGGAUCUCUAUGAGCAUCCGGACAACCGGUUCGAUCUGGUCAUCGUGGGAUACUUUAUGAACAGCUUUCAGCUGGCCCUGGCCCACAAACUGAAGGUGCCACUCGUGGUGGCCGUUUCCAAUCCACCAACAUUCAUCGGGGACAUAAUUGGCAACCCUUGGGAGGUCUCCUACGUGCCGGCGAUGCACCUUGCCCAGGAAGUUCCCAUGAGCCUUGGAAAGCGUAUACUCAAUAUCCUUGGAAACUGGGCCCAGAGAUUGUUCACGGCCAUAAAUGAGUAUGGAAACGCCAAGACAUACAGGGAGAUCUACGGAGAUGAUCCCACUCUGCCGGCCUAUGGUGACCUGAACAAGAAUAUUUCCCUCAUAUUCUUCGCUUCUCAUGGGAUUAGCGAGGGACCUAUCAGGCCCAACGUUCCGGCGGUGAUCGAGGUGGGCGGCAUUCAGGUCAAGGAUCGUCCGGAUCCUCUGCCUCAGAACAUGGCUGACUUCCUGAGCGACGCUCCACACGGCGCUAUUCUCUUCAGUCUCGGCUCAAACGUAAAGAAGGAUCAUAUUCUACCUGAAACAGUGAGAAAAAUGUUUAAUGUUGUCUCGAAGCUGAGGCAAAGGGUCAUCUGGAAGUGGGACGAUCUUGAGAGCACUCCGGGAACUUCGGACAAUAUACUCUACUCCAAGUGGCUGCCUCAGACCGACAUCCUGGCCCACCCAAGCAUCAAGCUCUUCAUCACCCAUGCGGGCAAGGGCGGAGUGACCGAGGCCCAGUAUCACGGCAUUCCCAUGCUGGCACUGCCCGUUUUUGGGGAUCAGCCCGCCAAUGCGGAUGCCAUGGUGGAGCAAGGAUUCGGACUGACGCAGAGCCUGCUUACCCUUGAGGAGCAGUCCUUCCACGAUGCCAUUCUAGAGGUCCUCGAGAAUCCGAAAUAUGCAAACGCGGCGAGGGCCUUCUCGGCCCUCUACCGGGACCGGCCAUUGAGCGCCCGUGAAACCCUGAUAUAUUGGGUGGAGUACGUGAUCCGUCAUCAUGGAGCCGCACACCUGCAGAGUCCGGUGGUGCACAUGAGCUACAUAGCCGCCAAUAACUUGGAUAUCUAUGCCAUAAUAGUUUUGGCAAUUGUAUUUAUUUUCUAUACUUUAAAACUAGUUUUUAGGCUUUUGAUUAGAAAGAUUUGCUCGAAAAAGUCUAAAAGUAAGACGAAAUCUAAGAAGCAUUGAAUAAUAAAUAAUAUAAAGAAAUAAAAUUUGCUAA